CGUGCAUGAUGCAUUGUAUUUUGUUUUGGGAAAAAAAUAGUUAUCUUUUGAUGGGUAUUGCUGUUUACAGGGGGAGAAGAGAAGGAAAUGACGCAUGAAACACUUGAUUUGAAUGAACAGCCAAAUAAAAAUCAAGGUGGCAGCUUGAACUAUAUAUUGUUACAAAAGGAUUCUAAGAACAUAUGCCGCACCAAAGUCUGUGAUAUUCCAAUAAAAGUGCCCUCAAUUUGGUCAAUUAUUAGGUUUGUGCCAACUAAGGUGUACCAGCAGCGUGAUUUCCUGAAAUUUUCACUACUUCCUGACCCUGAAGAUGAUCGUCAGAAUAUUGAAUGGGGAAAGUUCAUGCGUUUCCUCUGGGAUAAUCAGAGGGUUGCUGUUGUUAGUUUCAGCUCCUUCGCCCUACAUAUUUUCCCCCCUCAAUCUCAUGAACUCCCUAACUUCUCACAUGCGGUGGUCAUGUAUGAACAAAAAGAUCCUGGAGACAGCAAACCGAUGUCUGGAGUAACAAAUGCUUUAAAAAGGCCAUGUAAAAGUGAUUUCCAGUCUGGCUCAAUGAAUCCAAAGUCAUAUUUGAGAGAGGAGAUUUGUGAUAGUGGAUCGCAUCCAAAGGAUAUGAACGCUUCACGUGUCACAGACCUGCAUAAAUCAGUUCCAGAAUCAUCACCAUGCGAGUCUGUUGAAGAUGGCCCUAGGAUUUUAGAUCCAAUAGUGAAAAAGAGAACAACCACUCUUGCAAAAAAUUUUGUCAGCACAGAUCCUAGUUAUCUGCGAACACUCAGUCAGACACAUGCUGGCUGGGUCUUUGGAGCAAUAGCAGAGCUCAUUGACAACUCUAGAGAUGCAGAUGCAUCAAGGUUGAAUAUUUCCAUCAAAUCAUUGUUUUCGAAGAAAGCUGAAAGAAAAAUUCCUGUCUUAUGUGUAAUUGAUGACGGGCAUGGAAUGACUUAUGCUGAAAUGAUGAGAAUGAUCUCAUUUGGUCACAAACGACCAGAUGAGCAUCGCCAGGAUCAGAUUGGGAGGUUUGGAAUUGGAUUUAAGACUGGUGCUAUGAAACUUGGCAAAGAUGCAAUUGUGCUAACCCAAACUUCAUCUUCCAGAUCAAUCGCCUUUCUAUCUCAGUCUUUUAAUGAAAAUAAAGAUAAUCUUGAGAUACCUGUGGUAACAUUUUGUAAAGAAGGGCAAUACAUGGAAGUUGAUUCAAGUGUCCAAUCUGAAGCUACUGCUGAGUAUAAUCUGAAUGCUAUUAAGGAAUUUUCUCCCUUCAAUGAGUAUUUUAUCGGAGAAAAGCUAGGGAUAUUUGGUGAAGACGGUACUGGAACACAGAUUUAUAUAUGGAAUUUAGAUAGAUGGGGUGCAGAUUACACAUUGGACUGGAGUUCAGGGAAGCCAUCUGAAGAUCCUGUCCAUCAAGGGUGUGGAGACAUACUAAUCCGUUCAAGAAGAGUCAGAUCACGUCCAGGACAAACAAGUAACAAUGUGCCAUUGGACUAUUCUCUUCAGUCCUAUUUGGAAGUUAUGUUCCUUAAUCCUCGGAUGAAGAUCUCUGUCCAAGGGUCUCCGGUCAAAACCCGCCCUUUCGCAAAGACUCUUAACAAGACUUCUGUUAUAUCUGGUGAAAUAAUGGGUAGGACUAUUCAGUUGACCCUUGGAAGGAGCAAUGUUGAAUGGGACAGAAGGAACUGUGGGAUUUUCUUAUAUUGGCAUGGCCGUCUAAUAGAAUCUUACAAACGGGUUGGAGGUCAAAAGCAUAAUUCUGACAUGGGACGUGGAGUAAUAGGAGUUGCAGAUAUCACAGAUCUUAUAGAUGAUGAAGAUGGCAAUUCAUGGGUUCUUAACAGUAAACAAGGGUUUCAAGAUUGUGAAAUGUAUGCCAAACUGGAGGAUUGGCUUGGUAGGAAAGCGGAUGAAUACUGGGAUACAAAUUUUGACAGUCUCGAAUUAAGCACAGAGAGGACAUGCCUCAUAAAUACUCCACUUAGGCUACAUACAAACUGCACGUGUACUUGUGUUAAUAAUUUUGUAGAUCAGAAGAUGCGUUUUCCCGUUAAAUGCACACACUUGAGUUCACUUAGGUAGAGUAAUGACAAUGACUCAUCCACUCCCACCAUCAGGCCACUAAGAAAAGGGGCUGAGCGCUGCAAGGCUGAUCAUGAGUGGGUUCAGUGCUACAGCUGUCGUAAAUGGAGAAUAUUGAAUGCAGGAUUUGAUACAAAGUCGCUGCCAGAUGAAUGGUUUUGCUACAUGCCACCAUUCAAUGGGGAAUGUGAGGUACCGGAGCAACAAAUGGGACGCGGUGUCAUUGUGAUAGGUGAGAAGCGUAUCCAACAGGAAGAGGUAGCUAAGGUAAAUGCAAACAAAAUGAGGUCCGAGGACAGUGAGUCUCGUAAUUUUUCUCAAGAUGAAGAUGUGAAGGACGUCAAAUUAAUCCCAACAGUUGUCAACAAGCGAAGGAAAUCAUUGAAUGAGACCCGGUCAAUCGACAAACACAACAGUGAAGGUAAGCAUGACGAUGCUGAAGGUGAGUCCUCACAAACCGAGCCUGGUACACCUCGCCCUCUUUUGAAGAGGAUACGUAGGGGCCCUCCCAGAAGUUGCAAGCAGUGAUGAAGAACGGCAAUCCAAGCUAGCAUAAAUGACUUGUUCGGAUGCCGAUGCGUGAUGCUUUCUCGCAGAUGUAGUUCAGUUCCCGACUUGUCUGCUAUUCCCUCCGUUUCAUAUUAUAAGAUUUUCUGGCCUUACCUAGAUUCAUACCUAGAUUCAUAAGUGUACUAAUAGAUCUAGACAUAUAUACAAGAUAUAUAUAUUGAUACAUGGAUGAAUCUAGGCAAACUCAAAAAGUCUUAUAAUACGAAACGGAGAAAAUAGUUCAUAAGCAAACUCAAAACCCAUCAAUCGUGGUCGUGGCGGCGGCUUGUUUGUAAAAAAAAUGUGUAGUGUAAUACUCUUUACAGCACUCUCUCAGCCUACCUAUAUAGUUAUUAGCUCUUAUCCAUUUGUCUAUCUCUUGUAAGCUUAUAAACUGUUUCUUCUCUUUUCUCUUGCUCAGCAUUUAUCUGGCUUACAACCUGUUAUUAUACUUUGCUCCGAGAGUAGUGUGUAUCCUCGCUCAUGAAAGUCCUAGGAUUGCGGCUUUUGGUGCUGAAAUGUGUACAGUAGCCUGUCAGCAAACUA